AUGCUUGCUAUCGAAGUCCACAUUAUGCCAAACAUGGACGGUGAUACUAAGGCUGCGGCCUAUCGCUUCGUCGGCUAUGCAGCGCUGAGCUUUUCAGCUGUAGCAGUACUAUCGAUAUGUGUGACACUGCCUGUAGUGUACAACUACAUCCACCAUGUCCGUGCUAGCGUCCACCAUGAACUUAUGGAAUGCCGUGAGGAGGCCAAUAACAUCUACAGAGAUGUCAAUAUUAUCCCCGACAUGCCAAUGCCAACCAGCAACCGUACAGCCCGUCAAUCGGGACUGGACAACCCAGACUACUGCAAAGGCUGCUGUCUUCCAGGACCGCAAGGACCUCCAGGACCACCUGGCAGACCCGGUAAACCA